UGAAAUGUUCUUUAUUUCCUGUGCAGUGCAUGGAAAUGUGCGAGCGGCUCAUCCUUCCUUCGUCAGGGGAUUGAGAGGCCGGGGACCGCAAUUCUCAUUGCAACAAUGCCGAGAAGCUGAGCCGAUUCACCUGCUCGGUAUUGGGAAAGCUGCUCCUCUGGCAGAAAGGGAUGCCAUGGAGUAACACACUGCAGUCAGCCCUGGGAACUUCAUGGGAACAGGGGUUAAGAAGAAACUUUUAAAAGAAAAAAGGAGUUUUUCCAGACUAAAGCUGAGGACUUGGAAAAAAUACACAAAAUGUCUCCGGAAGGAAAAAAGCUUUUCAACAUCAUUAUUUUGGGAGUCUCAUUUAUGUUUAUAUUCACUGCUUUCCAGUCCUGUGGAAAUAUCGCACAAACGGUUAUCACGAAUUUAAACAACACAGACUUUCAUGGAAGUGGCUACACGAGCAUGUCCAUUAUUUAUGGAGUAUUGUCUGCUUCAAAUCUUAUAUCACCUUCACUGGUUGCAAUAGUGGGACCUCAGUUCUCCAUGGUUGUUAGUGGUGUGUUUUAUAGCCUGUACAUUGCAGUCUUUAUCCAGCCAGCUACAUGGGCUUUCUACACUGCCUCUGUGCUUAUUGGCAUUGCAGCUGCUGUCCUCUGGACAGCCCAGGGAAAUUGCUUGACUGAAAAUUCUGAUGAAAACACCAUUGGAAGGAACAGUGGGAUAUUUUGGGCACUCCUACAGUUCAGCUUGAUUUUUGGAAAUCUGUACAUAUACUUGGCUUGGCAAGGAAAAACUCACAUAUCAGAGAGCGAUCGCAGAACUGUCUUCAUUGCUCUGACUGUUAUCAGUCUUGUGGGCACAGUUCUGUUCUUUCUGAUUAGGAAACAAGAGGACACGAAAGCUCCAGGGGAUGAUGAUUCCACUAAUGAAAUCCUGGGGGAGAGCUCGUCUGCACGAAACAAAAUGAUGAGAGCAGUGGCUGCCUUCAAAAAAUCUAUUACUCUGAGCUUCACCAAAGAGAUGCUGCUCCUCAGUGUUACCACAGCCUACACAGGUUUGGUGUUAACAUUCUUUUCUGGAGUCUAUGGAACGUGCAUUGGUGCUGUGAAUAGAUUUGGCAGUGAAGAGAAAAGCCUGAUUGGUCUCUCUGGUAUUUUUAUUGGUGUUGGAGAAAUCUUGGGGGGAGGAAUCUUUGGCUUGCUGAGCAAGAAGAGUCGCUCUGGCAGGAACCCAGUGGUGAUGCUGGGCAUCCUUGUCCACUUCAUAGCCUUUUAUUUAAUUUUUUUCAACAUGCCAAACGAUGCCCCCAUUGCUCCUAUGGAAGGAACAGAUCAAGUUGCUUAUAUGAUUCCAAGCAAAGAGGUGGCCAUGCUCUGCAGCUUCCUGCUGGGGCUGGGGGACAGCUGCUUCAACACCCAGCUCCUCAGCAUUUUGGGAUUCCUGUAUUCAGAGGACAGUGCUCCUGCCUUUGCCAUCUUUAAGUUUGUUCAGUCCAUCUGUGCUGCAGUUGCCUAUUUCUACAGCAACUAUUUCCUGCUGCAGUGGCAGCUCCUGAUCAUGGUGCUGGUGGGCUUCUGUGGAACAAUCACCUUCUUCAGCGUGGAGUGGGGAGCAGCAGCAGCCCUCGCUGCCCGUGGCUCAGACUACAGCAGCAUCUGAUCCCUGUGCCAGGAGGAGCAGCACAGGCUUUUGGGAAGUGUCACAAGGUGAAAGUUGCUGCAGAGGUUGAGGUGGAGGAAGCUGCUACUUCAGUCCAACUGAAUAUGAAACAGGAGGGGAAAAAAAUGCCACAUUUGAAAGGCUUUUAUUCCUUGCUUUGGCCAUCUGAACGUGGUAUUGUGUUGUUAAAAAUCUGGUAUUGGGAAUGGAAGGAAAUGCAGGGACCCAUGUAUUGAACAAUUCUCUUCUGAGAUGUCCCUUACAGAAUGUAAUUGCCUAAUUUCACUCUACCGUGCACUACAGAAUUACUUUGGGGUUUUGUCCCUUAAAUUAUUUUUCCUAUAUUCUAGUUCUGCAGACAUUUGAAUUCCUGUAUUGAAUGAGUGAUAUUUUUAUAAGGUAGAUUAUAUUGCAGAUCGUGUCUGCACAGCUGAGAAAUCAAUUUGGCAUUGAAUUUUUCAACAAUUAGAUGUGAGGAAGUAUUUCUGUGGGAAAUGUUGCCUUAUUCUGUAUCCCUCAGCUCCUUGUUUCCCAACCAUUUGUUUAUUAAUCUAUUUCAUGUGCUCAAGUUGUCAGAUCCAUGGGGUUUUUUUUGUUUGGUUAGGUUUUUUUCUAUUGUGGGCUUUUUUGGGUUUGGUGUUUUUAAUUUUUUUUUUUUUUUGUAAGGAAGUAAAUCAGAUUAUAGUGUGACAUGAUAGAUUUUACAAGAUUAUGAAGAAAUCACCCUUGGCCAUCUUAAGGCUGGGAUCCCAAGACCUGUGAAAUAUUGAUGGUGGAAAGCAGCUUCUGGCUCAGCAUCUCAGAAUUGAGCUGUGUUGGGAAAGGUGCUGAGCCUUCCUCAGGGUAUUGCUUUAUGGAGGACCAUAAUCCACAGCUUCCUUCCCAGAAUCCCAAAUAGCUCUUUUGAGUUCAAUGGCAUUUUCGUCAAUGAUGGAAAUCUGUGAUGGGAGCACUAAGGCAACUUUAAAAAAUACAAAUAGUCUCAGAAUGUGAACUGUCAGAAUAAUAUUGCAGUGUUUAUUCUACUGCAUAACCUGAAACACUUGUCCUAAGUUGUUCUAUUCAGUCUGUUUUGGGAAAACUGAAGUGUAAUCUUACUCCACCAAAUAGGAAAGCCAGGUUACAGGCAUAGUAACUAAAUUUUAAUCCAGAACUGUUAUAGGUGAUGUAACAGGCACUGACUGCAGCUCACCCUGUCUUCAUCUGCCUACAUAAAACUCUGCAGUUGUGUUUGUCUGGUGGGCAGAGAGCAGGCAUGGAACACUCAGAAGGUGUUUUUAGACAUUCCAUGGAGUUAUUGUUAGAAAAGUACAAUUCACCAACCUUCUUUUAUGCCCAGUCAGAAUGUUAAUGCCUUGUCUUUAAAGACAAGUUUAAAAAGACUGUUUUACAUGUCAGGAGCUCCCACGUGUUUAACCGUGUAGGAGCUCCCAAGGUUAACCCUGGGGAGAGGGGGUGGCAUCUCCUGUGACAUUUGCUGUCACUUCUGCUCUCCAGGAGCAGUGUCACAAGUGGAGCACAGCCAAACAGCCGAGGGGCAUCUUUUCACAGGGAUAGAGAAAGGGAUUUUUAAAUUCCCAGGGAUAGAGAAAGGGAUUUUUAAAUUCCCAGCAGGUUUUUGCUGUGAGAUCAGCAAGGUGUUAAUGGGGGGAUUAGAGGGCACCUGAACAUCCAGCAAGCUGAGAAAUCUGUGAGGACAAGCAGCAGAGAGAGGUUUGUGUGUAUUCCCAGGAGAUUUAAUGAAUGAUGUAAAAGAGAAUGAGGCAGAACAUGGAUUUGAGUGAGGGGUUACCAGAGCCAUUCCAAUCUGUCAGGCAGCCUGAAAAAGCAUUCAGUGUUCAAUCAAUAUGUGAUUAAUGGGACCAGCAGCACUGCAAAGCCUCUCUCUCUCCCACUCCUGUUAUCCUGCAAUUUGAAGCAUAUGAUUUUUAUAUACUGAGCACUACAAAUGUGUGGAUUAAAGGGUGCUGCCACUGAUUAAAAUUCCCUUGUUGCUACACAUUUGCAUUUUCUCCAGAGUACCAAAAGGGAUAAAGAGCUUUUUUUUUUUUUUUUUCCAGAUAGGGAAUUACUGAAUAUUUUUUCCUCCAAACCCUGUUCUCCCAACCACCUUAAUGAGAGCAGAAAGACUUGAAAGUUCACAAGGAGCAGUUGUUUCUUACAGCGUAUUUGCGGAAAACAAUUAUUAUUGGAUCUUGUGGUGAUGAGUAACUUGUAAGUGCUUUUUAAACAAUGUCAUUUAAUUGUAAGUAGCUUAUGGCUCUCAUGAGGUCGCUUUUUAAAUUGACCCCUUUUAAUUAUGAACUUCUGUGAUGUUCAUUUGCCAUAUAAGAAUUAUAUGAACCAUUUUAUUAGAAAUUUAAAAUGCUAAGUUUAUGUAGUUUCAAAAAGCAUUUUGAAACCAACUCAGAGGGAUACGAAUGAACAAGGACUUGUGGGUUUUCAGUACCUCUGAAUCUGAUGCUUUACUUUUUUCUUUUUCUCUGCUCUGGUCUGACUCAGUAUCAGAUAAUCUUAGAAGACUGCUCAGAACUAUUUAUAGGGUCAUUAAAGGGAAGUAUUAUUGCUCUGUGACAAGUUUUACAAGAAAUCAUGACACUCUCCAAGCUGCAUCAUGGAUAGCUAUUCUUUUUUACAAUUAACUAUAUAAAUAUUGCUUUUGACAUUUGAUCUGAAGAGAGAGGCCUCAGUUAUUCAGCUGAUGACAUAUGAUUGCUUUUCACUUACUCAUAUUUCUUUAAUAUGCCUAGAGGUGAAAAGUCCUCUCCAAUGUACACAGAUACUCAUUUGGUUGAACUUUUUGGUGUAGCAAUAUAAAGAACAGUAACACUAACAUCCAUUUAUGAUUCCUUCUCUUAAUCUGUUAAUCAGCAUUUACCAGCCAUGAGGCUGCAGCCCCUUCAUUUCACCUCAGUGGCCUUUGAACAAUUUCAUAUUAAUCUGAAUUGGGAGCUCACUCUUAAAUAAAGAGGGAUUUGAAAAGAAGACUUUUGCUUUAUCUGUGGGUUUGUUUUAUAUUAGACAUUCCAUCUUUAUAGGCAAAAUUAUACAUGAAGUUGCUUUGCUUUAUUAAAAAGUCCUCUUUCAUUUUUUCCCCCUCAUUCUUUUAGGGUGUUACUAAGGUUUAAUAUCUUGAUUUAAUAUCACAUCCUCAUGUUUUUCAAACAAAUGCUAAACAGGAAAUGAAAACUGCUUUUCUUGACAGCUGAGUGCCAAAUAAGCUGCUACAAAUUAGUCUUCAAUGAAUCUCAUAUAAACAUA